AUUGAACUGGUGAAAAAGCGCAGGUGCAUGUGCUUAAAACUUGAAGACCUUUUCACAAACUGAUUUAUCUUUUCACACACAUUCGCUUGAUCCACUCGAUUAAAACAGUAGCUGUAGUUUAACUUGAUUCGGUCAUUUGGAGGGUGUUUAAAACAUGCCCAAAGGAAAAAAGGCAGCCGCAAAAGGCGGAAAAAGUGCGAAAGGAAAAGGAAAAGAUGAUAAAGAGAAGCCUAAAAAGGAAUACAAGCACGACAAUCUGACGCCUGAACAGAUUGCGUCAAUCAAAGAGACAUUUGACAAGUUUGACAAGCAGGACAUUGACGGCAUCCCCGCCCUUGAGCUCAUUAAUGUUCUCCGGCAACUUCAGCUCACACCAACAAGUCCAGAAGUCACUGAGGUUCUGGAAAAGAUGCACGCGAACAGUGCGGAGUGUGUGGUGACGUUUGAGGAGUUCCUGGACAUCUACUGGGAUUUUAGUCAGAGGGUAAUCAGCGAGGAACAGGUGAAGGACGCCUUCAAAAUAUUGGACAAGGAGGGCAAGGGAGAAAUAACUGUCGAGACACUACGACAGUUCCUCACUACCACAGGUGACAUGCUGGACGAGGAUGAGUUUGAAGCGAUGAUUGAGGAGGCAGAUUUAGAGGGCACAGGUGUGAUCAACUACGAAGAGUUCGUCACCAUCAUGUCCAUCGAAUAGACUGCUGUCUGCUGUCAGAUAAGGCCAUAGAAUAUACGGCCAUGGCCAUCUAGACAUCACCGACAUAACGCACGCUUCACGCAUGGAAAACUAAUUAGAAACUAAAUUUUGCCAGAAACAAGUCCUAAAUAGAUACAAAUCUUUAAAUAA